AAUCUCGCUCACUUCCAGUUCCGCGGCAGCAGUGGCAGAGCUGAAAGGUGAGCUUCAAUGGGUUCCGUUUCUCUGAAAAUCGGAGAUGGAACCGCCAGAUUCAAAAGGGCGUCCAUUUGUUCUUCAGCGCUCAACAUUCUCAUGCUCAUUUCUGUAAUCACCACGAAUCUUUUCGCAUUAUACGCCUUCACUUACUCUCCCAAAGAUCGCGAAGUUCAUUCGCUUAAUCGCGCACACAAGAACUUUUCUGUCAUAUCCGAGCAGGUAUCUCUUAUUCUCAGAGAGAUCGAGGUUUCUCAGAAAAAGCUGGCUCAGAUGGAAAAGGAAAUUCUCGGAUAUCAGAGCAUCGAUCUCUCCAGAUCCAAUGUCGCAGACGAGCUCAAACUCUUCCUCCAGCGCCAUCCGCUUCCUCUUGGCAAGGAUUCGAAAAGUGGAAUCACUGAAAUGGUCGCAUCUGUGGGGCAUUCGUGUGAGAAAUCGAUGGACCUUUUGUCGCAGUAUAUGAAUUACAAGGUCUCUGGACCUUGUCCCGACGAUUGGAGCCUUGCUCAGAAGCUGAUUCUUCGUGGAUGUGAGCCCUUGCCGAGGCGGAGAUGUUUGGCCAAAUCUGUGCCAAAGGUAGGUUUACAACCUUUCCCUUCCUCUCUAUGGAAACCUGUAAGUGAUAAGAUUGUUAUGUGGAGUGGACUUGGAUGUAAAAAUUUCAAUUGUCUGAAUAGUAAGAAAUUAGGCAGAGAUUGUGUCGGUUGCUUUGAUUUGGUUAGUGGAUUUGAGAAUCAGAGAUUUGUGAAGGCCAGAGGGAAGAAUGAUUUUUCCAUCGAUGACGUUCUAGCUUUAACUAGCGGAGGAAUCAGGAUAGGCUUUGAUAUUGGUGGAGGGUCUGGGACUUUUGCUGCUAGAAUGGCCGAGAAAAAUGUCACUGUCAUAACCUCUACACUGAAUAUUGAUGCCCCAUUCAGUGAAUUCAUUGCUGCAAGAGGAUUGUUUCCUCUCUUUUUGAGUUUAGAUCACAGAUUCCCUUUCUACGACAAUGUGUUUGAUUUGGUUCAUGCCUCAAGUGCAUUGGACAUUGGUGGAAAGCCUGAAAAACUGGAGUUCCUAAUGUUCGAUAUCGAUCGGAUCUUAAGGGCGGGCGGAUUGCUUUGGUUGGAUAACUUCUAUUGUGCGAAUGAUGAGAAGAAAAAAGCUUUAACACGCUUGAUCGAGCGGUUUGGAUUAAAAAAACUGAAGUGGGUCAUUGGGGAGAAAUCCGAGUCAGGCAAAUCUGAGGUUUAUCUGUCCGCUGUUCUACAAAAGCCUGUAAGAGUAUGAUGAUGGUGAUAAUGCUUGAAAGAGGUAAGAUAGUUGUUCUUCUCAAUCUUUUACAUAAAAAUGAAAUAAUGAAUAGCAUAAGUUGUUUAUUCUGCCUACUGUGAUAAUAGUUAUGGAGAAGAAUUAUAGCAUUAGACCAGUCGCUUAGAUGAUGUUCUUCAAUCUGUUAGUCUUUUGUUGCUGUUUUUUGUUUUCAGGAAAUGAAUUAUUUAGUGUUAGUCUUUUUGAAUCAAACUGUUAUUCCAGAAGAUUGGAGAUAUUUUUAUCAAUGUUAUGAGCUGUUUGUUGCUCUGCUUCUAAAACA